CUGUUUGUCUGCCUUCCUCGUGCUUCAGAAGGCUAUUCUUCGAAGCGCUCCAUCUCCCAGUCUGUUUCCAGGCACAACGGUACAGCGAUACAGAGCAAGAAUUGAAUAAGCAUGGAUGACUUUGCUUCAGAACGUGCAAUUUGGAAAGAAAUUGAGCAAUCUGAGAGUUACCUUGUUUGCUGUAUGUUUGAGGAGGCAGCAUUAUUGGCUUCUUCUGUUUUAAAGAGAGUAUGCAGUGAUAAAUCUACUGAAACUAAAGAAGACAUCCAGCUGCAAGAGAUUAUAGAAUCAGCUGGUAUGGUGUUAGUUCAAUCUUGGAAGGGACUUGGCAGGGCUUCAAAAAUACUGGAUGAGCUUAAAGAAUUGUUCACUUCAGUUACUGAUAUUCCAGUUUCAGUUCUUCUUGCCAGUGUGUGUUUCCAGUUAGCAGAAGGGUCUUCUUUUGGUGUUCAAGAAUUUCUCGAGGCAUUCUUGAACAAGUGGAGGUAUGUGGAUGAACAAUACUAUGUUCUUGCUGGUGCAGAAGCUGAUAUUAGAAACAUGGUCGGAUGUUAUGGGCGUUUUGUGUUGGGAGUUGAUAAAUAUUUGGAAGUUGUUGAGGUCUAUGUUUUUACGCUUCUGGGGAUGGUUUUAAAUGAUAUAGACCUUGCUGUCUCUUGGGUUGAGAAUGCUGCAUUACCUGAAGACCAACGACAGCAACUUUUAAGGAGAUUGCACUCCCUGUACUCUCUUAAAGUCAGCAACCCAUCAAAAGGAUGCAGCUCACCUCUGCCGGCUGAUGAACAUAAAGCUUGUUCUUCUUUGAAUGAAUUAAAUGUAUCUAAGAGGUCUCCAAAAGUUUUGAAUGCCCAAUGCCCACCUGAUGGAGGGAAUAAUGCAGAACACAGAGUUUUGAAAUUGUCUAGAAGAUUUGACCCUUAUUUCUGGUGGUUCCGCACUAUUACUUUGAAGUUAGGCAGUGCUCGAUUGGUCAUAUCUAACAGAAAGGUUAUGCUGGGCUGUUUGAUCUUCAUCAUAUCUUUUGUUAUCCGAAGGAAACAAAUUACUUUAAAGAGGAUUGCUAGGAAACAAGUUGUGUCUGUGAAGAAGGCUUUGAAAGACCUUUGGCAGCUUGCAUUUCAAUACCAAGUGAAUCCUCUAGCUGCUGUUCAACCUCACCCUGUUAUGACACAUGGAAGCCGUUGAUCGAUGCUGCUACGAGCUACACUUUAUUAGAAAAAUGGUAAUUUAUUCUGCCUGCCUCUUAUUUAGCAGCUUUGUACAGAUGAAUUCAUUAGAAUCCCUUCUCUUAAGCAACCUGCAUUACCUAAGGAGCAAUGAUGCAAUAGCGUUUUAAACCCAUAGUUUUUUAUUCUUAAUUUCUAAAUGCCUUGAAGUUGUGUCAAAUGAGCUGCCAAUGAAUAAUGCUUCCGUGCUUUGUGCCAUUGUAAUAAUGCUUGAAUGCCUGAGGUUUGGUUCAAUGACAAUUUUCUUGGAAAUA